AGCGAUCGAGCGAGAGAGAGCGAGAGGGAGAUCGAGAGAGAUGAACAAGGAUCGAACGUAAACAGAGCAAUGGGGGAAUCCCCUUGUCCGCGAUGACGUCAUAUCUCUCCCGCCGUGCAACAAGUGUCUGUCUCUCGGUCGUUCAUUCAAUCCAGGACAGCAAAUAGCACAUCAUGGCUGUGGUCCGAGAUGCUGCGUCACUGUCUCCAAUGGCUGGAUGUGUGUUCCAGCCUGCGGAAGCUUUGUUAAAGGCAACACUGAAAUUAAAUGUGGAAGGAAAGAACAUAUUAAGUGAGUUAGAUGAAUAUGAAGCUAUAAGUCUUGUAUUCCUUGUGUUGGAUCAGGAUCAGCUUGCACGACGAGCUUUUAUCUUUUGUCAGAAAAUAAGCCAUGGCAGAUACAAGGAAUGCAUUGAAGAAAUAAUGAAUAGUGUUAGGAGUAGGAAAGGGCAGCUAGAUGCUAUUGUUUUAGCACUCUACAUCAUUGGACGCUAUGACCUGCUAGAAGACCAUCUUGGUUUCUGUGUUGACCACACCUUACACAAGGUAUUCAAAGAGCUGCAAUGCAUUGACAGUGAUCGCAAGUCACUCUAUUGUGUCUUUGCCGGCAUGGCCCAAGAAGAGGCUGACAGACUUGUGCACACCAGGCUACCAGGAUGGUUUUAUCCAGAAACAGGAAGACCUUUGGAGGAAACAUUUGUGAGGAACCUGAUUGGAGAAAAGUACCAGCAACUUAUUGAUGAACUUUUUAAUGCAUUAAGAGAAGAAAACAGGGAAACACUUGCUUCUUAUCUACUGCCAUACAUACGUAAGGUUAAAAAAUGUCUACCGCCACAGAUUGAUGAAAAUUUCUACCCACUUCCUACAGGCUACCCCCAUGGCCUGUGCAUUAUCAUAAAUGUUAAAAAUUUCAUGAAACCUAGAGGAGAUCAUGAUAAU